GUCGUAUUUAGGACAAUUUAUUCUAAAAGAACUCAUGACAGCGUUGGCAUUGCCUUAUCCCCAUCUUCGCCUAGCUCCCGUCCCCAGCCAGUGCCAUCCAACUGAAACCCCAUUCUCUAACUUUGGAAUUCAACCAUGACAACCGAGAGCUUAUGACAUACUAUUCACGAAGAUGUUUCCUUCGGCUGCGAAAUUAACAGAAAUACCGGCUUUCAUAUUCUCAAAUCCCGCUCGCCGACCGCCGUUCUAUCUCCUACUUAAACCCCCCUCUUCCAUCCGUCGCACCACCACCGCCGCUACAAAAAAGAACAAAGUACCCUCCCUGAACCAUGGUAGUUCUAAUUCUAUUCCUUCCCACUCUUCUUCAUGGCUCAACAAAUGGCCGCAUGGCCCGCAUCAUGUAGAGCCAUUGUCCGCAAGCACGAAUCCCAUUUAUUCGGACUCUGAAGUCCGAGUUCUUGACCAGCGCACUACAACCAGGGGCACUGCAAUUGAAAGGAUUGUGCUUCGGUUGAGAAAUUUGGGAUUAGGAUCGGAUGAUGAAGAAGACGAAGGAGAUUAUAGGAAUGAGAAAGAUAAGUUGGGCGGUUUGUUGAAAAGGGAUUGGGUUCGCCCUGAUUCUAUGUUGUCUGAAGGUGAGGAUGGGACAUUGCUUCCGUGGGAGAGCAGUGUGGAGGUGAAUGACGAUGAGGAGGAGAAGGUUGACGGGGGGAGGAGGGUGAUGGUGAAGGAACCUACGUUGGCUGAGCUGACCAUCGAGGAUGAGGAGCUUAGAAGGCUGAGAAGAGACGGGAUGAGUCUCAGAGAGAAGAUCAACAUACCUAAGGCUGGUGUCACUGGGGCAGUUUUGGAGAAGAUUCAUCAAAAAUGGCAGAAAGGUGAACUUGUGAGGUUAAAAUUUCACGAGGCUUUAGCUCAUGAUAUGAAGACUGCACACAGAAUUGUUGAGUGUCGAACAAAUGGACUUGUAAUAUGGAGGUCUGGAAGUUUCAUGUUGGUUUACCGUGGAAAUAACUAUAUGGGGCCUUCUUCAAGAGCCAAACCAAAAGAUAUAGAAGACAAUGACCCAGUGAACAACACAAAUGAGAGCAUUAAUCUAGCUGAGGGGAAAAUUGUCCCGCUUUACUCUAUCCAGCAUAAGACCUUGACUGCAAAAGAAGCUGAGUUUACUAAAUUGCUAGAUGGGUUAGGACCACGUUUUGAAGACUGGUGGGGAACAGGAAUACUUCCUGUUGAUGCUGAUUUACUCCCUCAGACAGUUCCUGGCUACAAACCUCCUUUCCGACUUCUUCCCACUAGAACAAGAUCUAGCCUAACCAAUGCAGAAAUGACCAACUUACGAAAACUUGCAAAAUCACUUCCUUGCCAUUUUGCCCUUGGUAGAAAUAGACAUCAUCAGGGUUUGGCAGCUUCUAUUAUUAAGCUCUGGGAGAAAAGUUUAGUUGUGAAAAUUGCUGUUAAACGCGGAAUCCAGAAUACAAACAAUCAGCUCAUGUCUGAGGAGUUGAAGAAAUUAACAGGGGGGGUGCUACUGCUGAGAAACAAAUACUACAUAGUCAUUUACAGGGGAAAGGAUUUUGUACCCCCAAGUAUUGCAAACGCUUUAGCAGAAAGACAGAAAAUGAUGAAACAGAUAUUGGAUGUUGAAGAAACAGUGCGAAAGGGACCGGGUACGUUCAUCCAUGUGGGUAUAUCAGGUGAGGAACUAAUAACAAGUGAUUUAGCAGAACAACCUGAAGCUAAAGAUGUUGAGGACAAACAGAGAAGAUGGCAGCAGGCUGGUUCGUUAGCGGAAUUUUAUGAGGCCCAAGCCCAAUGGGGAAGAAGAGACGUUCCCCAUGAAGAGCGGGAAAAUAUGUUGAAAGAAGCAGCUAGAGCAAGGACUGAAAGAGCAAUCAAGCGACUUGAACAUAAAGUAGCCAUUUCUCAAGCCAAGAAGCUUAAAGCAGAGAACCUUUUAUCAAAAAUUGUAGCAUCGUGGGUUCCUGUUUGUCCCUCUGAUGACCAGGAAACAAUCACAGAAGAGGAAAGGGCCAUGUAUCGUCAGGUUGGAUUGAAGAUGAAGGCAUUCUUGCCACUUGGCAUUCGCGGAGUUUUUGAUGGUGUUGUUGAGAACAUGCAUCUUCAUUGGAAGCACAGAGAACUUGUAAAGUUAAUUUCUAAAGAAAAGGAGCUCGCUUUUGUAGAGGAAACAGCUAGACUUUUAGAAUAUGAAAGUGGUGGUAUUCUGGUUGCAAUUGACAGAGUACCCAAAGGACAUUCUGUAAUUUUCUAUCGUGGGAAAAAUUACAGACGUCCCAUUAGCGUCAGGCCAAAAAACCUUCUGACCAAGGCAAAGGCACUGAAGCGCCGUGUGGCUUUGCAACAAUAUGAGGGUCUGAGUCAGCAUAUUGCUGAACUGGAGGAUACCAUAGAGCAAACGAAAAGAGAUAUAGGGAUUACUCAAGAUGUAAAAGGAUUCAACUCAAACUUGGAGGACGGUUUCCAGUUCAAUCGUUUUUCCGAGUUAACACAGAGUCGAAUUGAAGCUUCAUGGGAAGAGUCCGAAGGCGAUGAAGAUCCCGAGUGGGAGAAUGAAGAAGAUUCUGACUAUUCAGAUACAGUUUUCAGCCACUCAAAGUGAAUAAAGAACACAUUUCUUUAUUGUCUUAUCAAAUUUCUAUGGAUCAUGAAGACUUCCUUUUUCAGGGAAGAAAUAGAAAAGAGAGAAGGGAUGAGAAAGAGAUGCGGAAGAUAGAAGGAUUGUAGAUAUUGUGCCCUAUUUGGUAGUAGAUAGAAAAUGGGUUGAAAUUUGAAGACGUGCAUUUCUCCCAAUGAGGGAGAAGAUAUAAAAUAUGGGCAGAAUGCAUUGUCUAAACCUCUCUCGUCUCCAUUUCCUUCCUAACCAAAAAACACACAAAAUUUACAUUUCUCUCACCAACCAAACACAAGGCUUGAACACAACCUGAACUCAACCAAACUGCAGACACUUUUAAGGCGAAUGAGCUUUCACGUGUUGCUUCUGAAGGCUUUUCACUGGUGAUGGUCAGGGUGGUGUGUCUUGAUGAUUUUGUGGAACACAAAGAAUCUCAUGCUAUUGCAAACUGGUUGAGCAUAUAUGUAUUACACCACAUCCCGAAUGCAUAAUUAUUAGCCAUUCUGUGUUAUCAGACAACUUUGUAUAUCAGUCUUAGCCCAGGCAAACCAAUUUGCUUUGUCAAACAUCUUAUGCAAUCAGUUGACAGCUGACAGCUGCAAAGAUUGCUAACAUCAGUCAUUUGAAGCAGCACAUGUUUUGUGCUUUUAACA